AUGGAAGAUCGACCAACCGUCUCGGAUUGUAGCCCAAGUGAUAUAAAUGAAGACCAAAUAGGAAGUGAAGACGAUUCUGAAGUAGUAAAAGAAACAAAUAUAUCUGUUGAUGACUCCCCUGUAAACACACUUCAAGCUCAAAAAUCAGCAAGCCAUGGCAAAUCAGUAGCAAAAAAAAAUCUGAGUUAUGAGGAAUCUCUGUUAAACAUUUUAAAGGAAAAGAAGGAAGAAGUUAUUGAUGAAGAUAAAUCUUUUCUUUUAUCAUUAGUGCCAGCAUUUAAGAAAUUGACGGAUACUCAAAAAAUGGAUGCAAAAAUGGAGUUUCUUUCCACAUUAAAACGUAUUACUCUUUCAAGACCAGAAGCGUCUCACAAUGGGCCUCUUGGCCACGGUACCAGUUCAAACUACGGAUUUCAUGGAUUAACUGGAAAUCAAUUUUCACAUCAAAAUCAACAACGUAAUUUUCAAAAUUUCAACACAGGAAACUACUCUUCUGGAUCGUCGACUCCUAACACAGUUCCAAGUUGUAGCGGUUAUGAAUCCACUACGCCCCUGCAGUUUGAUUUUGAAGAUAUGCAUACAUUAUAA